AUGAGUCUCCGCAAAGUCGACCCGAACAACUGGCUCACCUACGACAGCGCAUAUGAGAAAGAGCAUCUCGACAAACUCAAAUACAUGAAUGGAGAAAUGCACGAUGAAGUUGUGCAAGUUCUGCCCAAUGCAGACGACUCUUGCGAGGAGCUCUUGCAGAUUAUUGUGGAAUACAUCACCCGACGCUACCCGGACAUGUUUAAGCUCGACGGCGAUGACAUCGUCAUCGUCCCCAUGAAGGAGCGAUAUCGUGUUCGGGCACCAUACGACCGGCACCCGAUGGAAGUGGCCGGCUUGCUCGUGAUGGACGAUCUAUACGUUCUACAUCUGGGAGAGCUAGACCGCUAUUAUCUACGAGCUUGCUUUUUGGCUUGUCCGUCGGGUUGGCGACUGAAAGACCGAAUUGGAUGGCCGCUGCAUCAGAUGCACGGUCCUGUUCCCACUUGGAAGGAGAAGCUUCAAAAGUCCAUGGAAAAGUUCUUCCUACAUAUCAAGGUGGACGGCGCGAUCCAGCGCAAUAACGUCUUCAUUCAGCCUUGUCCAGGGAUUUUCCACCAGGAGCCCAUGGAUCAGAACCCGCCCUCCAAAACCGUGGAGGACAUAGAGAUACGCACAGAACUACAGUCCCUUCGCCGACUCCCUCGCACGGGAGCCGUUGUUUUCACCGUCAGAACCUACAUGAAUCCGCUGACCGACCUUGGCAAGGAGCCUAUGGCGCUCAACAGGCUUUGGGAUGCAGUACGCAACUAUCCAGACAAGACUGCUGCUUACAAAGUCCGUCACCUAUGGACUGACAUAUUUGAGAAAUAUUGUUGCAGUAUAUUGGGACGAGGCAACCCGGACCAGGGACUGUUAGAGGAGCAAGAUUGA